AUCGGGCGGAUCAGACAGACGACGACAUCGAAAUCGAAGCGUGGCUACAACAACUAGCCAUGUUUAUGCAACUGGUCAUCCUGGGGAUUCUUUUGUGGGCGUCCUUCUUUUGGCUGCAGUGCCGCUACCUGGAUGUCCUGGAAAUCCUUUUCGCCUGGAUUGCCGGUCAGUUGGCGAAAACUCGCAGGAGGCGAGCUCGCGAAGAGCGAUGCCGCCUGGGCCAAAAGUGGGCGUUCGGAAAUGGCCAAGGGAGGAAGAGGAGGAACAAGAAGGUCAAGAAGGUCAAGAAGCUUGAGGACAACGCAUCCGAUUCCGAUGAUAAGCACCAGGACCGCAAGAAGAGUGAUGCCAUGAAGAAGCUGCUCUCACCGCCGAUCAAGAAUCGCCUCAAUAUCCGAGUGGAGCAGUGCUGCGACUUGAUAGCCGCCGGCUUGGGCUUGGUGCUCGAGGACGACGUGACCCAGAGGUUCGUGGCCCCUCCACCGCCGUCUGGGGAAUGGAACCUGCUGACCCGCAACCUCCGCCAGAGGGACCGCUACCUCAACUGGCGCUUAAGGAUGGCCUGGCUGCUGGGCUGGGUAGCCCGCUACGGACUGCUGUUGCCCGUCCGGACCGUUGCCUGCUGGCUGUGCCUGUUCAUGAUCAGUGGAGUCUCAAUGCUGCUGGGCCACCUACCCGACUGGUGCUUCAAGAAGAAGCUGGUAGAGCUGGUGCUGCGGCAGUGCUUCUGCAUCACGGCCGGCUGCCUGCCGAUGAUCCGCAGAUUCCACAACAAGGAGUUCCGGCCAACCAAGGGCAUCUGUGUGUGCAAUCACACGAGUCCUUUGGACGUCCUGGUGCUGAUGAGCGAUGCCAACUACUCGCUGACGGGCCAGGUCCACACCGGCAUCCUGGGCGUCUUGCAGCGCGCCCUCUCGAGGGUCUCCCACCACAUGUGGUUCGACCGCAAAGAACUGGCCGAUCGUAAGGCACUGGGUCUGGUGCUCCGCCUGCACUGCUCCAUGAAGGAUCGGCCGCCGGUGCUGCUCUUCCCCGAGGGCACUUGCAUUAACAACACCGCCGUCAUGCAGUUCAAAAAGGGUAGCUUCGCGGUCAGCGAUAUCGUUUAUCCAGUGGCCAUUCGAUACGAUCGCCGGUUCGGGGAGGCCUACUGGGACAGCAGCCGCUACUCGAUGCUCAGAUACAUGCUGAUGGUGGUCAGCUCGUGGUGUAUUUGCUGCGAUGUCUGGUACAUGCCGCCCCUCAGCCGACGCCAGGAUGAGUCGCCAGUGGAGUUUUCGAAUCGCGUGAAGGCCGCCAUCGCCGACCAGGCGAAAAUCGAUAAUCUGCCCUGGGACGGAAACCUGAAGCGCUGGAGUCCCGUGAGAGACUGGCAGUAGUUUAGCCCCAGCUUAGAUCCUACUUGCAUCCA